CAGUGUACUAAGGGUCCAAGUUCUAAUACGAAUUCGAUACCUGUUUCAACGCGAUGGCCAAACAAAUUCUGUUUCUGUUACAAGUAUUGUCGGCGUUAGUUUUGUUCGCUGAUGCAGUCGUACCCGAGUUUAAAUAUGUCGGGCAAUUCAACGGAAAAGAUUAUUGGGCUAGUCUUCCUGCUUAUACCGAACCAAGUGGCAAAAUUUACCUAAAAUGUCAGGAAAAAUUCGGGACUGCAUAUACUUCUCGAAUUGACGAUGCAGCAGAAUGGAAUUUCGUUCGGGGCCAACUUUCAGCUAAUUUCCAAUGCAAUGGAUGCACCAGAAACUUUUGGGUUAACGGAAAAUACGACCGGCCACAUGGUGCUGGCGAGAAUGUAGUCAUAACAGUGACUGGAAACGUUGUAGGAACAAAAAUCGAUAAAAUUGCGAAUGAAUAUAGAUACAUCUGUGAGGUGCCAGUAACUGUAAGCCCAACAACUACAACCACCACCCAAGCUCCUCAUUCUACUUCUCAGGAUUAUCCGACUAAUCCUACACCAGUGGAAGAGUGCGAAUACGAUAAUGACGUUAUUGUUUUAAUUGAUUCGUCGGGCAGUAUUGGUGUAGAUAACUACAAAAAAGAAAAAUUAUUCACCUACGACAUAGCAAGAGCAUUCCAGGGAAAUCCAGACGCAAGUUCUUUUGGAUUCACAAUGUAUUCACAAAGCGUCCAGAUAGUGGUGCCGCUGGAAAACACAUUGUCUGACCAGGAAGUAUACGGGCGAAUUUUGAAUGCUACGUACAUGGGUUAUACAACCAACACAGACUUGGGCAUUAUUUCUGCUACAGAUGAAUUUACGUCUUCUACUCGACCAGUGACGAAAAACUUGGUGGUUAUUACAGAUGGUCUAUCGAACAAUCCUCAAUGGACUAAAGCAGCGGCAGAUGCAGCCAAUGCGCAAGGUAUUCGUACCUUUGCCGUCGGAGUGGGUUCUCAAGUGCAAUCCAAUCCACAAUUGCAAACAGAAUUGCUCGAUAUUGCUGGUGGGAAUCCAGAUCGUGUUUUUACUGCAGACACUUUUGAUGAUCUCACUUCCAUUCUGAAUCCAGUUACCCAAGCUGUGUGUAAUCCAAGCAAUUAACAGCUACAAGCUCGAUAAUUGCUUAAACCCUUAAACCCAUUUUUCUUGUUCAAAUAAAAAUUGGAAUAUUAUAAGUUUGAAAUGAA